AUGCUGCCAUGUGGCGCCAGGUGGACGAAUCAGUUGGAGGAGAAGGCAGUGAAGCUGGCGGAGCAGGCAGCGGCGGCGGUGGAGGCAGAGGCAGCCAUGUAUGUGGCGGCUGCGGCUGACUUUGGUGGCAGGGAGGAGGGCGACCUGAGCGACGACGAGCUCAUCGCCUCCGAUGAUGAGGAGCAGAUGGAGGUGGCAUCGAGCAUGGUGGAUCUCAGCGACAUGGAGCGCGCCGUCAUCGAGCGCGAGAUCACCCGCUACCGCGCCAGGCGUGAGGCCAAGCGCGCCUUCUGGGAGCGCGAUGUGCAGCGCGCCAUGGACCGCAACCGCAAGGCCAUGCGUGAAUGGUGGUUGCAGCAGUGGGGGGCGAAGCAGAGGGCCAAUGGGUGGGGCGACAACCCGCCCGUGUGGCGCCUCAAGCUCACCGCGGGCAGCGCGGACACGCCAGGUGGCAGCACGGCAUUGGAGGACGUGGAGGUGGCGGGCAAGGGCGUGACGCUGGGCCUCCUCCCCCAGCCGCAGGACGGCUCGCGACCCAUCGAGCUGCACCUCAAGGGGGUGUCAUUCUCGCAUGCGGUGGUGUAUGGAAAGGACAAGUUCAUGGGGUUCGGCAGCUACAAGCGCGAGUACUUCAUCGCCGACCUGGGCUCCACCACCGGCACCUUCCUCAACGGGAAGCUGCUGGGAGUGAAUGCGCCACGCAAGCUGGCCAAUGGUGACGUCAUCAAGCUGGGGCCUGAGGUUGAGUUGGUGGUGGCUGACCCCUCUCUCUCGCCCUGA